ACGGUAGCAUGCUGCACCAAAAUAUACACGCUGGUUUCCAGUCCAUGCUUCCGCACCAGACCCAUGUCUACUCUUAUCCUUCACCCGACGCUGCCUCAACAUCCUACUCGACGCCCCCCAUUUUUCCUUCACAGGGUUCUUUUCAUUCGUUACCAUACUCCUCGAUAUCUACGCCGCAAUAUUCGUACGCACCGCCCCAGUCCUUUCCGACCUCUCCAAUUUAUACUUCCCAGUAUCCCCCGGGUGCCUAUCCACAGCCAUACACGUCCCCUACAACAGAGUCAGAUAGUCAAGGCACAUGGUGGUACCUACCCCACGUUCCAGCGCGGCAGUACGAGAGUUCACCAGCGCCAUAUCAUGGUCACUAUACUAUUAACUAUACUUCCCCGCGACCGCAUGACUCUGAACCUUACGGCCAAUCCUCAGGUGCCUCUUCCUCGACUCACUAUCCCAUGUCGCCCGUAGUGACCGGUGUUUUUCCUACAGACCCAGUAUCGCCGAUACCGCCAACCACUCCUCUAUCCCAAAAACCCGAAAGCGCAUCUUCCCGCAGCGCUGCCCCAGAGAGACCUCUUGUUCGACGAUCGUAUCAUCCUAACCCUCCAUCCCAUCGCUCAGAAUGGGUCAUGUGGGUUGGCAACGUCCCGUCCGACGCCACUCACGAUGAGCUAUGGCGGUUUUUCAACCAAACCCUCCCCUCAAAACCUCCUGAUGACCCGGGUCCUACCGGUGUGAUGUCUAUAUUCCUCAUCUCGCGCUCAAGCUGUGCGUUCAUCAACUUUGAGAGCGAAGCCUAUCUUCACAAGGCUAUAGCGAGGUUUCACGGGCAGCCCUUACGACUAAAUGACCCCAGGUGUCCCAGGCUUGUUUGUAGGGUUAGACGGAGAGAUGAUGAUCUCAAAGCCGGCGUUGGCGGACAACGUGGGAUGGGAAUGCACACGAAAUGGAUCAAAGAGCGGAAGGGUAAGGAGGAGUCGAGCGAGGUGUCGGAGCAUUCUGAUGUGGAUGAGGUGCCUAUAACACCAUCAAGCUCAUCUGACCGUCAUUCGUUCGUUCCUUCGGCAUCGUUCUCAAGCGACGACGAUACGAGACCGACUCUAGGUCCAAAGAAUUCGAGCAGUUCUGGGUCUUUUGCAUCGACGAACUCUAGUGUCCUCACGAGAUACUUCCCGAAACGCUAUUUUAUUCUCAAGUCUUUGACACCGGAGGAUGUCGACAUCAGCGUUCAACAGGGACUGUGGGCUACCCAGAAACACAACGAGGGUAUCCUGGAUCAAGCAUUUCGGACGAGCGAAGAUGUUUAUCUUAUCUUUGGCGUGAACAAAAGUGGCGAGUGGUAUGGAUACGCCAGGAUGACUGGACCUGUUGGCCGUGGAGAGCAAACGGUACCGUGGGCUUCACGAGCAGAUUCUGCCCCUUCGUCACGCUCGUCACUUUCGCCAGUGACAGGACGGGGCCCUGUUCAAGCGGAAACGAUACCCGAAGAACCAUCGUCCUCAUCUGCUCCACGUUCGUCUGCAGAUGACGAAGUGAUGAUCUUCUCCGCGCUUCGGUUAGUCGAAGAUUCCCCACAAUCGGUUUCGUCAUCGGAGCAAACUCGUCCGAAGUUUGGUACAGAAGCUGCCGUACAGUCUGCACCUGCUGAACUCGGCCCACAACGCCACGCAAUGACGACGCGGUCGCCCGUUGUGAAGCACAGUCUUGAUAGUACUCGGAUGUUUAAGCCCGAGCGGUCGAUCUUGACCAAGGCGCGGCCUAGCAGCUUUCAUUUGGAUGAGAAAGCACCGUAUAGGGCGAUGAAGCAUGGGACUGGGACUGGGACUGAUGAAGGGGAGGAACAACUGAGACCGGUAGAGGAAGGGGAGGGGGGACAUGAUCAUGAGCAAGGGGGUGAGAGCCAGGUUCCAGAGACGCUGGAGGAGACGGACAAGGUCGAAGCAAAGACGCCCAGAGAAGAGAGUUGGGGUGAGUCCUUCAAGGUGGAGUGGAUCAGAACCGAUCGGCUACCGUUCUACCGUACGCGGCACCUGCGUAACCCAUGGAACAAGGACCGCGAGGUGAAAAUUUCACGGGAUGGGACGGAGCUGGAGCCGUCGGUUGGACAACAGCUGAUCGAUGAAUGGCAGAAACCGCCGGAACCUCGUCCGCCUGGCAAAGGUGGGAUUGGCAGACGCGGUUCGUCGAAAGCUCCACCAUCAACAUCACGAUCAUGAUGAUAUACGAAGAUAUCGUUAUAACCUACGAAAAACAAUACGAUCACGCAUAAUUAAACACGCAUUUGCAUCGCAUUCAAGCACAAUCAUUAAUAAUCAUCAUCAAGUCUCAGACAGGAACUUGUCAUUCACGAUACAAACGUUCCGUCAACACUCUUUCACUCAUUAUCCACGGUUUUACGCUUUUUGGGGGGGGAUUUGUUCAUUUUGGGUGCGGUAUAUAUUCUUCUUCCCCUCCCUUUGCUGCUGCAAAGUUCAAGCUGUCGUUUGCGCUGUUCAUCUAUAGUCGUUGCAUUUGUUCCAGGCUUUGCUUUUUGUACCCCCUCCCCCAAUCUAGUCCCAAUUUUUGUAGCUAUAGGUAGAAAUAUCUCCACAUCUCACGCACUUCCACUGUAACACAUCGCACUAAUGGCAUUAUACACGAUCGCGCCUUUUGUGCGCUGGG